AUGACCAUCCCCGAUUGGCAACAGAAAGCUGCGGCUAAGCAAGCCGAAGCUGCUGCGAAAAUUCCCAAAGAAUGGCGAGUAUCAGCAAGUAUCCUAGAGAACCUCGACAAUGAGCAAGAAGUCUUGACCAUCCCUCAACGGUGCGGUAUCCUCUCUCCUAAAGAGCUGGAGAUCACAGAAACCGUUGAUGCUACUACUCUCCGAGACAAGCUUGCUGCCCGAGAGCUCACGGCAGUCGAGGUCACGACUGCAUUUUGCAAGCGCGCCGCCAUAGCGCAACAAGUUACUUCCUGCUUGACGGAGACCAUGUUUCCACAAGCACUGGCACGGGCUAAAGAGCUGGACGAGUACCUUCAGACAACUGGGAAACCGAUGGGUCCACUGCACGGCGUGCCAAUCAGUCUGAAAGAAACAUUCAAUGUCCAAGGCGUGCACUCCUCCCUCGGUCUGGUCUCGUUCCUUGACCGACCCGAGGCCUCCCACAACUCCGCAUUGGUGGAGAUACUCCUAGCAGCGGGCGCUGUACUAUACGUCAAGACCAACGUACCCCAGACGAUGAUGACAGCCGAUUCCGAGAACAAUGUAUUCGGCCGUGUUCUGAACCCACACCGCCGCAACAUAACUGCAGGCGGGAGCAGUGGCGGAGAGGGAGCGCUCAUAGCCUUGCGUGGAUCUCUCCUAGGUAUUGGGACCGAUAUCGCCGGCUCCAUCCGCAUUCCGGCGUUGUGCUGUGGUACGUUUGGCUUCAAGCCUAGUGUCGGUCGCGUGCCGUACGCGGGCCAGGCGAGUGCGGCCCGUCCGGGCAUGGCGGGCAUCGCGCCAGUGGCGGGGCCAUUGUGUUAUUCCGCUCGUGACGCAGAGCUUCUCCUGCGCGUGGUUAUGGAGGCGCCUGUUGAUGACCUCGACGACAAUGUUCUUGGCUUCCCCUGGAUAGAACCGGCUCCCCUAGCUGCCCCGACCCUCACUAUCGGAGUUCUUCCUGAGGACCCACAGGUUCCCUUGCAUCCGAAUAUGCAGCGCACCUUGAAAACAGCAGUUGAAAGGCUCGCAGCGGCUGGCCAUCGUAUCGUGGACCUCUCGGGUCAGAUCCAAUGUAUCAAAGAAGCGUCUGAGAUAUCGUUCCGAUUCUUCCGCAUUGAUCCGGACCAAACACAGGUAAAGUACGUCUCGAGCAGUGGAGAACCGUUCAUCAAGUCCCUGCGUUACACGUACAAUCUGAAGGGUGACGACCCAGAACCAACAUUGCGUGAUCUGUUCGAUCUGAAUGUGGAACGGGCUAAAGUGGCGGCGAUUAUGCGCCGUUUAUACGUCGAGAAUAAACUCGACGUGAUCAUUGGGCCUGGAAACCAGAGCUGUGCUGGGCCCCAUGAUACCUAUGGAAUUCCGGUGUACACAGUCCUGGCAAACUUAGUUGAUUAUCCAGCCUGUGUGAUUCCUUUCGGAAAAGCUAACGAAGUUGCUGAUGCGGAAUACGUGCGAGAUGUUGCGUAUAUCCCUCCAUACUGCCCGAAAGAGGUCGAGAACGCCCCCUGCCACGUGCAGCUCAUUGGUCGGCGACUGAAGGAUGAAAGGUUGAUGCAGCAUGCCAAGAUCGUCGAGAGCGUGCUUGCAAGCAAAUCGACAUGA